AUGGAGCUAGCAUAUCGGUUGACCGAAUACGCUCUAGAGCCAGCCGGCGAGGACGACACAGCUAGAGUCAUGACGCGUCAAGAAGGCAGUAUUGAGGAGACAGAGCAGCAAGAAAUCGCAGCAGCCAUGUCGAACUACGUCUAUCUAGCAGAGCACGAAGUUCUCAUCUGCAAGGAACACGGCUACGCAGUGCGAGGCUUAGACAGCCAUCUGCGCUUGGUCCAUACUUCUUACACUUCUACGUCGAAGAAGGCAAGGGCUGCACUAAGACAGCAUCACAGCGGACGCAACAUGCCAGACCCAUCCACAGUCCGUCUACCCGAGCCAGGACAGCCGGCAAUUGAGUAUCUGUGUAAGCCAAUCCCAGGCUACUACUGCAUCCACAACCAGGACAACACCGCCGGCGAACAAGACGUACGAGGGGAUGCAUCGACAACAACAGACUCCCCCAGUCACUGCGGCUUCACCACCAGCGACCGUACCAACAUCGGCAAACACUGUCGUAAUGCACACGGCUGGAAAUCUACUGACGAAGACCGUCAGUGCUGGAAAGAUGUCUACAUCCAGACGUUUUGCAAGAGUUCAGGCAAACAAAAGUGGUUUGUCGUCAAGACACCCGAUCAGAUCGAUAGGGAAAGAGCAAGUCAGAUCCAGUUCGACGGCAUCAAAGAUGACUUCCAGAAGUUAAAAGAGCAAUGGCAGAAAGAGCAGGAGAUACUAGCAGACAGGGUUGAGAAAUGCGAGAACACCGGAUGGUGGAACAAGACAAGAUGGAGAGAGCAUCUCAAGAACUGCAAUCUCACCCAUCUCUCGUACACCAGCCGGCUGCCCGAGAAGGAUGAAGAAGCGUUACUCAAGGUAGCAGCGGUGAUCGAGAAGAUGGUCGAGAGGGGUGUCUCAGGACUGAGCUCGAUGCCGGAAGGCUUGCGUCGUUGGCUUCGAAGUGCAGAGAUGCACAAGCCAGACGUGAGACCGCUAUCCCGGUUGCAGAAUCCAGAGAGUCAAGAACGGUACACCGGGUACUGGAAGCGAAUGGUUUGUUACUGUCUACGAGUAUGGUGCACUCGUCACGAAGCCACGGACAGCGAGUCAAGUGGCGAUGGCAGCAACAAUGACGAUACCGAAAGCGACAGCGAUGAGGUAAACAGUGUGUACAAUGCUAACGCCAACACUGAUGAGGUAAACAGUGUGUACAAUGCUAACACCAACACUGAUACCGACGACGACGACGACGACGACGACGACGACGACGACGACGACGACGACGACGACAAUUCCGACACAGAUCCACAACACGAUCAAGGCAGACGGCAAGCACAAGAUCACAUGCACGAUGCUCGGAGGCUCUUCCCAUGGAACGACCAACUCGAAAGAGCAUUAGAGGAGGUGUGGAGAUUGAUCGUUCUCGAGGGAGACACAUCAUCCGUAGAAGACGAUCAAAUCCCAGCGAUGGUAGAGCUCAGUCGGGUGUUCGCUCUAAUCCAUUUCAUGGCCGUGAUGGGCAUCGACGAGACCAACGCUCGGCUACGCGAUGGCAACGACUACUCUUACAUGAUCGCCGGACUGGUGUACGUGUCCAGGAUCGUGACCGCCGAAGCUCUGCUCCCAUCACUCGACCGCGAAAACCAAGGGGAGGCCGACUUCGAGGCAUUUCUCGAGCAGAGAAAAGAGUUUCUAGCCGACGGAUCGAUGAGCGUGAUGGGAGAGAUGUUGAGCUUGCUAGCGUACGGAAAGAAGAUCGCAAAGAACUUCCACGCCCAGGGGAAGCUGCACUGGACUCACGACGGAGCCGGCGUCGCUCUCGGCAGCAUCGAGUUCACGGUGUACAACUUCAAGUCCAUGGCACGCUCCGCUCUAGACGAUUGCGAAGACUACAUGUGGAGGGAUCUCAUGUGGGCAGGCCGCAAGGCAGAUCGCUUCGUGUUAGAUCUCGAUAGCAUCACCGACGACAUGACGGUGAAGAAGAGAGGCUGGUACUUCGGUGCCGACCCGAACCAGGAUCUCGAAGCACAAGGUCUCGACUGGAUGUUGAAGAGGAUGCUAGGCUCGAACCAGGGGAAGAAGAUGCGCAGAGGUGACCAGUGGCAGUCGAGACUGGUGGCCAACUAUCUCCGGAGGGUGGACAAGUUCAGGGAGCUGUUCAUAUUCUGCGUGCACGUCUUGAGCGGCCAGCCCGCCAGAGGAACCGAGAUCACCAGUCUGCGCUUCCGCAACGGAGUGGCCAACCACCGCAACGUCUUCGUCUUGGACGGCAGAGUGAUGACGGUGACGAGCUACCACAAGUCACAAGCAAUGCUCGACAUGCCCAAGAUGGUGCCACGCUUCUUGCCGUGGAAACUGGGUCAGAUCGCGGUCAUCUAUCUCACCCACGUGCGGGCGUUCGCCGAGUUGCUGUCGGUGCAGGUACAGUACGGUCAAGGAUGGAGUGACUACAUCUGGGCGGACUCGCACGGCCCGUGGGAGACGCAGAAGCUCACCGACACGAUGAAACGAGAGACGGCCAAACGACUGAAGGCCAAGCUACACACCCAGAACUACAGACACGCCGCCGUCUUUCUAGGCAGGAGAUUCGUCGGACCGAGGUUCGCCAAAGGCUACCGAGAGGAGGCCGAAGAUCCGGAAGAAGCCCAGGCGGGUGAUAUGGAUGACGAUCUCGAGGAGGGCAACGCGAUCGAGCUACAGAAAGCCGGCGGCUUCGGCACCGGAGCCGGCAGAUACGCGGUCAGAGCGGACAUCUUGAAGUAUCUCAACCAAGAGUCGAUCGACAUCUUCGGCGAUCUCAGCGAAAGCUGGCACAGGUUUUUCGAGCUCGACCACAGAGAUCCGAAGAGGAAAAGAAAGGCCGAGAGCAGCAGCAACAAAGACGAUGGGAUGCAAACCGUCGACUUUGAAGGAUUGCAGAAAGAGAGAUUGAUCAAGAGACUGCCCGCGGCAAAGGGAGGAGCUGUUACUGUUGCCGCCACUCCGACGACAGUAGAUCUCUCACCGUUCUUACAACAAUCCGAAAGGCAGCAGAAGGAGAUCGAAGACUUGCGGAUGAAGCUCAAGGCACAAGAAUUCGAACUGACAAGACUUCGAGGAGAGGAGCUGCAGCAGGGACGACAGCAACCCAUGACCCCCAUCGUUGGCUUGGGCAUCUACUCGAACAACAACAACAACGGAAUGCCGACCCCGGUGACAGAGGGAAACAGGCACGACUCACACAACGAUGAUGCCAACGACAAGAACGACAGCAACGAAGUCAUCUACAUCGACGAUGACGAUAAUGAUGACAACCACCACGACGAAUCCAGGUACUCUCCAAGGUGCAGCGGCAGGAACCACCAACAGCAUCUGCAGCAGCACGUAGACGACAGUCCGAUCAUCGAACGAAGCCGAAGAAGGCGCGAGAGGCUGCAACGCUACAGAAGACCGACGGCACAGGAAAAGGAGAGGGCUAUACGCAAAGCACUCAAGAAACCAAUGGACGACGACGCGGUGACGAUCAGAUACAGAUCGAAAGCACAAGGAGAAGCGCUCGGGAGAAUCAUGGACGGUGGGUUCAACGUUCUCACCGUCGUUCUGCCGACAGCCGGAGGCAAGACUCUACUCUUCACCGCACCCGCUUGUCUGGAAGAAGACGUCGGGGUGACCAUCGUGGUGGUACCGUUCCGCAAGCUCAUCGACGAGACGGUGCGAGAAGCACAAAAGACGGUGGGUGACUGUGAAGAAUGGAGUCACAGCACCGUCGAUCCAGCAGCUCUCGUGGUCGUCAGCGUGGACAAGAUGCACGAUCACUUCUGGUCGUACGCACGGCAGAUGGCGGAGCAGGGCCGACUGAGACGAGUGGUGGUGGACGAGUGCCACUUGCUGGUGACUUCGCACAGCUGGAGACCGCAUCUCGUGGAGCUGGAGAAGCUCAAGUCACUAGGAGUACCGAUGGUGAUGCUGACGGCCACACUCCCAAGGUACAUGGAGGUCGAGCUACGACGAAGUCUAGGUAUCGGCAUCGGAAUGAUGUCGCUCAUACGAGCAUGCACGGUGAGGGAGAACAUCACUUACACCGUCAGACAGGACAUCGGCAAAGGCAAGCUGGUCGAAGAGACGGCCAGAGUGUGCGAAGAGGUCGCCGACGAGCUACGGAGCACCAGGAAAGAGAAGGCCGUCGUCUACUGCCGAAGCAAGAAAGACUGCGAGGAGAUGGCGGAAAAGCUAGGCUGCGGCUUCUUCUACGCCGGACACGUCGACGGCGGGGAAACGCUAGAGCAGUGGAAGGCGAACGGCGGCUUCAUCGUGUCGACGACAGCUCUCAGCACCGGACUCAACUACGAGGCCGUCAAGGCGGUCAUCCACUCGGGACUGCCAUACGGACUGAUCGAGUUCGCCCAAGCAUCGGGCAGAGCGGGUCGAGAUCCCAACGAGAGAGUGGACUCGAUCGUACUGCUGGAGCAAGGGUGGGAGGAAGAAGAGCAAGGGACGCGGGAGCGUUACAACGAGGCACUCGGACCGGACGGAGCAGCGAUGAUGGAGUACAUCAAGACGGAGGGUUGUCGAAGGCUGGUGCUAGGCAAGUACUUCGAUGCGGCAGAAACGAUCCAGGAGUGUCACGACAGCAGCAGCAGCGGCAGCGACAACAACAACAGCGAGACCGAGAGCGAGACGAACUGUAGUAAUGGCGGCAGCCGCCAGCAUCACGCCCCCAAAGCUCCGUGCGACAGGUGUGGUGGUGGAAUGGUGGCAGCAGGUACAGAGCUGGUCAGGCAGUCCGAGCUGGAAAAGGAGAUGGUCGAAGAGGCUCUAGACGAGAUGAAGCUCGGCUGUCCGAUGUGUUGGAUGAAGUCAGAAGAGAAAGACUCACAUCUGGAGCACGGUGGCCGGGAGUGCGAGAGUCGAGAGCUGACGGUGACAGACGAGGCCGACGAAACGACAAUUGUCGAUGUUGACACAUUCCGGAAGCAGAUCAAAUACGCAAAGGCGAGCAAGGCUUGCAGGAAGUGCGGCAUCAACCAGAGGAUGUGCAACACCAGGGAAGACGCCAAACGAAAAUGCCAGUGGCCCGGCAUAGCAGUACCGGUGUUGAUGACAGCAGUUCGAGAUCCGAUCGGGAGGAACAUCAUCCGAAAAGCCGGCUUCGAACCGAAUCGAGUGGUGGAAGAGGAGAAGGAGGGGUGGAAGGCUUACGCAGCGUGGUGCGGCCAGGCCAGAGACAGGCGGAUAUGGGGAGAGAUGAUGAGCAAUUCGAUGUGGGUGGUGAAGGAAUUUUUGGUUUACAAGAGUGGGGAGAGGAUGAGGCAAUUCGAUGAUGGCGGUGGUGAUGAGAGUCAGGAGAAGGAGGACAAGGAUGAUGAUGAUACUUCAUCAUUCGAGGAUCUGGACAUGGAUGAAGACGACUUUAUCAUGAUCGAUGCCGGGACCAUGGAAGCUACAACAACAACAACAACCGCCACCACGGCUAGAGCGACAGCACCAGCAGCAGCAGCAACAGAAACAGAAGUGGGAGAACGACAAGAGACCCCGGAAGCCCGAGCUACAGCCGUGGAAGAACUGGAACACAGCAGACAGAUCCCCCGAGUGUCGAAACGUCCGAUGUGCUCGGAUAUCAGCAGCAGAGAA